CCAUCUGUGAGCUGUUACUCUCUUUUUCUUUUUUGUUUUCAUUUUCUGUGAGAAAAUAAAAUAAGAGAGGAAGGAGAAGAAGAAAAUGAUACCUUUAAUUUCUGAGAGAGAGAGAGCGAGAGCGUUCACACCCCCCACCCCCACCAAUCAUCGUCUUAGUUCUUCUUCACCCCCCUUUUUCUUCCUCACUUGUUUUCGAAACCCAUAUCAUAUCCCCCAAUCAAUCUCUCUCUCUUUCUCUCUCUCUAUGAUAUGAAACUGGCAUCCCCACCCGAAGAAGCCGAUUACUCUUACAUCCUCAAUUUGCUGCAAGAAACGGUUGGCCAAAUGGACGACCACCUCCCUACAAACACCCCCUCCAAAAGAAGGCGCAGGAGAAAAAACGACGACAAUUCCAACAGCAAUGGCCGUCGGGAUGGAUCUCCAAAGGACAAACAACAGCAGCAGAAUCAAGAAGAAGGCAACAAGGCCAAGGGCGUCAAAGAGAUUUUGACUUCAAUUUUGUUGCUUGACGAGCAGCAGAGGUGCGAUUCCCAAGAUUGGUCCAAAACCCAGCAACAAGAGAAGCUCCUGUUCGACGCCAACCACCGCAAGAAGACUCGAGCCAUGCACGAUUACUACGACGAAUUACAGGAUUCCUACCGUCACUUGGACCAGACCGAUGGCUUGAGGCGCAAGACCAAGUCAGCCGCUGCCGCCGUCGCUUCCGCCGUCGCCACCGCCGUUCUCGAGGCCGAGAAAGAAGGAGGGGCGGGGGCAGGAGGAACGGCGGCCGCUUCCGGCGGCCAGCAGCAGCGGCGGCUGUGGGUGAGGAGCCGAUCGCAGGCGUGGUGGGACGAAUGCAACAGCGACGACUUCCCAGAGGAAGAUUUCAGAAAGGCGUUUCGGAUGGGAAAGGACACUUUUGAGAUGCUUUGCAAUGAGCUGAGCUCGGCGGUGGCCAAAGAGAACACAACCCUAAGAGACGCCGUGCCGGUGAGGCAGCGGGUUGCGGUUUGUAUAUGGAGAUUGGCCACCGGAGAGCCUCUCAGGCUUGUCUCAAAGAGGUUCGGAUUGGGAAUUUCCACCUGCCACAAGCUUGUUCUUGAGGUUUGUUCCGCAAUUAGGACUGUGCUAAUGCCAAAGUACCUGCAAUGGCCUGAUGAUGAGUCCAUGAAGAAGAUUAAGGAGAAUUUUGAGUCCAUUUCUGGGAUACCCAAUGUUGUAGGAUCAAUGUAUACUACGCAUAUACCUAUAAUUGCUCCUAAGAUUAGUGUUGCUGCCUAUUUUAACAAAAGGCAUACUGAGAGGAAUCAGAAGACUUCGUAUUCGAUUACGGUUCAAGGGGUGGUUAAUCCAAAGGGAGUGUUCACCGAUGUGUGCAUCGGCUGGCCUGGUUCAAUGCCUGACGAUCAGGUGUUGGAAAAAUCAGCCCUUUUUCAGAGGGCUAAUGGGGGGCUGUUGAAGGGUGUCUGGGUUGUUGGCAGUUCUGGCUACCCUCUGAUGGAUUGGGUUUUGGUGCCUUACACUCAGCAGCAUUUGACUUGGACUCAGCAUGCUUUCAAUGAGAAGAUUGAGGAAAUCCAGAGGGUUGCAAAAGAUGCAUUUGCGAGGUUGAAAGGGAGAUGGACUUGCUUGCAGAAAAGAACUGAGGUCAAGCUUCAAGAUUUGCCGGUGGUUCUUGGGGCAUGCUGCGUGUUGCACAAUAUCUGUGAAAUGAGGAAUGAGCCGGAGUCGAAGUGCGAACUCUUCGAUGAUGAGAUGGUCCCUGAGAUUGGUCUGAGAUCGGUAAAUGCAAUGAAAGCAAGGGAUGCCAUUGCGCAUAAUCUCUUGCAUCAUAACCUUGCAGGCACUUCCUUCCUUUCGUGAAAAAGAUUUGCGCUUUAUCCUCGUAGAUUGAUUGUAUUUUCAUUUGGAUGAUAGAAUGUUCUUUCUCUUAGGCUGAAUUACUUACCCAAUACAUUAUACAAACUUGUUUUUAACCUUGGUCUUGUGCUACAGUUAACAAACUGAUUGGUAGCAAUUUGGGAUCAAUAUAUUCUUUCAUACCAUUGCUUAAAGUGUAUUGUGCCUUUUGUACUUAGAUGUUGAGAACAAAGUUACUUUUGAUUUCA